CGCUCCCUGCGUCAUUUAACACAUCUAUAAUUAACUAGGACAAGGGUCGGCUCCCUCCCUCUCCGUGCCUCUGCUUUGCAGCUAUUUGCAGCUCUCUCUUCGUCUUCCUAGCCAAAUUAAAGAGGCAGAGAUUCACUGACUGAUCAAAAGUGAACAUGGCAAACGUGCUCCAGUCCUCAUUAGCAGACGGGCAGGCUGAGGAGCAAGUGGGUCUCCGUGACUUGAAUGAGCCUCUCAUUGAUCACUCAGAGGGCCAACUCUUCCUGAGCAAAGCCUUCAAGAUUAUUGUGGAGGAGGUGCUCUGCAAGGGCACAGACAUCUCACAAAAGGUUUGUGAGUGGAAGGAUCCAGAGGAGCUGGCUCGGCUGCUGGAUCUGGAGCUGAGGGCAACAGGGGAGCCACAACACAAGCUCCUGGAGAGAGUCAGCGAUGUGGCCAAGUACAGCAUCAAGACAAGUCACCCACGGUUUUUCAAUCAGCAGUAUGGUGGGGUGGAUUAUCACGCAUUAGCUGGAAGAUUUCUCACUGAGGCCCUCAACACCAACCUCUUCACAUAUGAGGUGGCCCCGGUGUUUGUGCUGAUGGAGACUGAGGUCCUGAGAGGGCUGCGGCAGCUGGUCGGCUGGACGGAGGGUGACGGUCUCUUCUGCCCCGGAGGUUCUACCUCUAACAUGUUCGCCAUGAACCUCGCACGCUACCGACUCUUCCCAGAGGUCAAAAGCCGGGGACUGUGGGGUCUCCCACGACUAACCGUGUUGACAUCUUCAGAGAGCCAUUACUCUGUGAAGAAGGGUGCUGCCUACCUGGGCAUUGGGACCGACAAUGUCAUUGUGGUGAAAGUGGAUGAUGGAGGCCGCAUGAUUCCAGAGGACCUGGAUGAAAAGAUCACGCUGGCAAAAUCUCAGGGUACGGUGCCGUUCCUUGUAAGCUGCACAUCAGGGACCACAGUGCAGGGUGCGUUUGACCCACUGGACCGCAUAGCGGAUGUCUGUGAAAAACACAAGCUGUGGAUGCAUGUAGACGCUGCCUGGGGAGGGAGCGUGCUGUUUUCCAAGCAACACAGACAUCUGAUGAAAGGAGUUGACAGAGCAAAUUCAGUGGGCUGGAAUCCACACAAGAUGCUUCUUGCCGGCCUGCAGUGUUCUGUCCUGCUGCUACAGGAUACAACGAACUUGUUGAAGCGGUGCCACUGCGCCAACGCCUCGUAUCUGUUCCAGCAGGACAAAUUCUAUGAUGUGAAUCUGGACGUCGGGGAUAAGUCUGUGCAAUGCAGCCGCAAGGUGGACUGUCUGAAGUUGUGGUUGAUGUGGAAAGCUGUUGGCUCUGCUGGCUUGGAAGAGCGUGUAGACAAAGCUUUUAUCCAUGUGAGGUAUCUGGUUGAGGAAAUGAAGAAAAGAGAAGGGUUUCAGCUUUUGCGUGAGCCAGAGUUUGUGAAUGUUUGCUUCUGGUUUAUACCACCCAGUAUGAGGGGGAAGGAAGGACAUGCAGAUUACCAGGAGAGACUGGCAAAAGUAGCUCCAGUGAUCAAGGAACGCAUGAUGAAACAGGGCACUAUGAUGGUGGGCUACCAACCUUUGGGAAACAAGGUCAACUUUUUCCGUGUGAUUGCUUUCUCACCGCUACUUUCCAAGAAAGACAUGGACUUCUUCCUGGAUGAAAUUGAAAGACUGGGAAACGACUUGUGAACAAACUUAACUCAUGGCUGUAUACCUCGUAUAUCUAAAUAUCAAGGGUGUGGAUUAAUCCUGCUAUCAUGGCGUCACAGACUGUAACAACCUCACUGUAUUAACUCCAUAAUGUGUAUUCUAGAUUUACACAGCUGUCUUAAUGAGAUACUAAUUUCCAAAUUUAGAGGAACAUGGACCAAUAUAUGAAUGAAUGAAUGAAUAAAGAGGGCCUUUAUUUUAAAGGUGAAUUAAAAGUAUUGUUC